CAGGCCCAACGACGACGAUGGGGCUGUCGGCGUGGGUGGCGGACACGCUCAGCGUGCUGACCAUCCUAUCAUGUGGCUUCAUGAAGGUGCCGCAGAUCCAGCACGUGCGGCAGGCGAGGAAUGCAGACGGGCUGAUGCUGCAAGCCAUGAUCAUGGAGAUAUCAGGGUACACAACGAUGACGCUGUACAACUACACGAACAGCUACUCGCUCAUCACCUACCUGGAGUACCCGCUCAUACUGCUCCAGAGCUACGUACUGCUGUACUAUACCCUCAAGUUUAAGCGGAUGCUGUACAGGUCCGUGACGACGGCGUCCGUCGUCACGUACUGGACGAUCGUUGUCAGCUUCGCGACGGGCAUCUUACCGAGCUACAUACUUACCUAUCUGACGCCUCUGUGCACUCCUCUGAGCGGCAUGUCCAAGGUCAUGUACAUCAUCGGAAUCAUAAUGGACGGGAACGCUGAUGCUGUGUCGCUCACCACUUGGGUCAUCUCCAUCGCUACCAACUUGGCUCGCAUUUUCACCGUUUACAUGGACUCCCAGGACUUCAACCUCAUGACCAACUUCACCAUCUCCACAUUCCUCAGCACCGGGGUCCUGGUCACCGCCGUCAUCUUCAAGUGCGCUCCGGAGCCCCCGCCGCCGUGCCCCCCGGACCUGCCCCGCAGUCGCCGGAAGAGCACACACGUUGAUUAAGGGUUUUAAACAACUUUUAGAGCCAC